AUGUGGCCGAAAAGCAUUGCACGAAAAAUCGACGAGUCUCAAGAAAUUUUAGAAGCCAAACGGUGUACUCAAAUAUUUAGUGUUCAAAUAGAAAACUCAAUUAUAGAAAAAUAUUCUUCAUUUUCAAAAUUGUUGAGAAUUGUUUCUCUCUGUCUACGUUUUAAAACAAAUACGUUAAAAUGCAAAAAUCGAAUCAUAGGACCAAUCCAAGCGGACGAGCUACGAAACACAUCGGUUGUAUUAAUUAAAAUGGUUCAAAACUAUACUUGGAGUCAGGAAAUAAAAGACUUGCAAAAAUAUAAACAGGUCUCCGCGAAAAGUAAAUUAAAAUAUUUGAAGCCGUUCGUAGACGAUAAUGGUGUAAUUAGAGUAGGCGGCCGAUUAAAUAAUGCCACAUCGAUAAGCGUAUUUCAGCGUAACCCAAUACUACUACCUGCGACGAGUAAUUUAACGACCUUACUAUUUCAUUAUGAGCACAUACGAUUACUGCAUGCGGGUCCUCAAGCGAUUUUAUCAUCAAUUAGAGAACAAUAUUGGCCUAUUAACGGCAGGAAUAUAGCCAGAAAAACUGUACAUCAGUGCAUUACGUGCUUCCGAAUAAAACCAACAAUAGUUCAACCAUUAAUGGGUAAUCUGCCAAAGGAACGCGUAAAUCCAAGUCGUCCUUUUAAAAUAUGCGGAAUUGAUUAUGGUGGCCCCGUUAUGGUAAAAUCUAGUUUACAACGCAAAGCUCCUAUAACCAAAGGCUAUAUAUGUAUAUUUGUAUGCUUCGCGACCAAAGCAAUACAUAUAGAAUUAGCUAGUGAUUUAUCAACUGAAUGUUUUUUAAAUGCACUGAGACGAUUUUGCAGCAGGCGAGGAAUAUGUUCAGACAUUUAUUCAGAUAAUGCCACAAAUUUCGUGGGUGCUAAUCGCAAGUUACAGGAACUUAAAAAAUUAUUUUUAUCAGACACGUUAGAUCCCGAAAUCCAAAAAUUAACGGCAGAACUUGGAAUACGUUGGCAUUUCAUCCCUCCUAGAUCCCCUCAUUUUGGCGGUCUUUGGGAAGCGGCCAUUAAAUCAGUAAAAACUCACUUAAAUAAACUAUUGGGAAACGCUAUUCUAACCUACGAGGAACUAAACACUGUGCUUGCUCAAAUAGAAGCGUGCUUAAAUUCACGCCCGUUGACUCCUUUAUCAUCUGAUCCAUCUGAUCCUUCUGUACUUACUCCCGGGUCAUUUUUCUGGUGGGAAGCUCUUUAG